GCCUAAAGUUCAUGUGCAGCUGUCUUAGAUACUUUGGAGAACGGACUCCUUCCAACCUGGGGCAGGUUGGCCGGGCUGGGGGAGUCCCCAGGGCAUGUGGCAGUGUGUCACAGGGCCCUUUGUGACACGGUGGGCAUGGCUGAUGGGAUGGCACAGGGCAGGGUGUCACAGGGCCCUUUGUGACACGUGAGGACAUAGUACUGGUGGUGACGUGGCCACGCCUCAGUGCUCCUCGGAGCGUGCGACGGGACAGACAGGAUAGAGCGGUGCUGUGUGGAGCCCCCACACAGCCAACUCGUUCCUUCCUGAUCCGUAGCGUUUUGGUGGUUUUUCUGUUGUGCAAGUGUGCUCGAGGCCAGACCGCGGGACUUGGUGACACGGAGCUUUUGUGAGGUGUCUCCCAUCCCUGCGGCAGGUGCCCUCGAGGCCAUUCUCUGGGGCUUCGUGCCCCAGAGCUUUUCCCUGGCGUCUCCUGUCCCUGCAGCAGGUGCCCUCAAGGCCCAACUGUAAGAUGGCAGAGAGACGCAUCAGCCUGUGCAGGUUCCUCAGGAGGAAGAAAAAGAAGGAAGGCCCUGGGACUGCCCCAGCACAGCAGCCUGAAGAGGCGGAGCAGUCCCAGCCCCUGCAGGAGGAUCCAGGACGGGACCGGACACAAGAGCAGGACCGUGCCCGUGGCCACUUCUGCAGGGCAGCACAGGCUUGUCUGACAUCCCUAGCCAUUCGGCGUAGAAAGACCAGGAUCAUGCCAGCUGAGGUCAUGGCACAGCCUGACCCCACGCCGAGUGAGCUCAAGCCAGACCCUGAUGUCGGCACCGUGUCAGCUGAUGGCACAGGAAACUGUGACAGCGCGGUGACCAAUGACGGGACCAACUCCAACACCGCGCUGCCUGAGCUCACCACGGAGGCUGACGGUGCAACGACUGAGGGCAUCGCAGACACUGAGAGCACACCCGUUCAGUGCCUGCCCGAUGCUCCCAGUUGGGAUGUUUUUGGGGAUGGAGUUGUCUCUGCUCAAGAAGCCAUGGAGUCCGACAGAGGCAUAGAGCGGAGACCUCCCAGCGUGCCCAAGCAGGCCUGGGUGAAGGAGGAGGAGGAGGAAGGCCCUGGGCCUGCCCCAGCAGAGCAGCCUGAAGAAGUGGAGAAGUCUCAGCCCCUGCAGGAGGAUCCACGACGGGACCGGACACAAGAGCAGGACCGUGCCCGUGGCCGCUUCCGCAGGGCAACACAGGCCUUUCUGACGUUCUUGGGUAUUCGGCGUAGAAAGACCAGGAUCAUGCCAGCUGAGGUCAUGGCACAGCCUGACCCCACGCCGAGUGAGCUCAAGCCAGACCCUGAUGUCGGCACCGUGUCAGCUGAUGGCACAGGAAACUGUGACAGCGCGGUGACCAAUGACGGGACCAACUCCAACACCGCGCUGCCUGAGCUCACCAUGGAGGCUGACGGUGCAACGACUGAGGGCAUCGCAGACACUGAGAGCACACCCGUUCAGUGCCUGCCCGAUGCUCCCAGUUGGGACGUUCUUGGGGAUGGAGUUGUCUCUGCUCAAGAAGCCAUGGAGUCCGACAGAGGCGUGGAGCAGAGACCUCCCAGCAUUCCCCAGGUGUCCUGGGUGAAGGAGGAGGAGGAGGAGGAGGAAGGCCCUGGAGUUGCCCAAGCACAGCAGCCUGAAGAGGUGGAGCAGUCACAGCCUCUGCAGGAGGAUCCAAGCCAGGACAGCAGUGCAGACACCGACAGCAGGCCCGCUCAGAGCGGGAAUGAUGCUCCCCCUCAGGAUGUUUCUGAGGAGAACAGUGUCUCUGAUCCAAACCAAGUAAGCAUCCUGUGGCCAGGGCUCAAGCCCCCAGGGAUGGUGUGGCCCCUCUAG